AUGAGACUCUCUCGGAUUGCUGUAUCGACAGCCCUUCUGGCCCAGUCGCUAGUUUCUGCUGGGGCAGUUGCACCCCGUGCUACUCCUCUCGCCUCAACUGGCUACACUGACGCUGUUCAGUGGGACAAGUAUAGCCUAUUUGUCCAUGGCCAGCGGGUUUUUGUUUGGUCUGGCGAAUUUCAUCCAUGGCGGUUGCCCGUUCCUUCGCUAUGGCCAGAUAUUUUUCAAAAAAUGAAAGCAGCCGGGUUCAAUACGGUCAGCAUCUAUAUCCAUUGGGGGACAAUAAGCCCUUCUAAAGACGUUAUCGACAUGAAUCAUUACCGUGAUGUCAAACCCAUUUUCGAGGCUGCCAAGGCCGCGGGAAUAUUCUUGAUUUAUCGUCCAGGGCCGUAUAUCAAUGCCGAGACGUCCGCUGGAGGCAUUCCCCACUGGGUGACUACGGAAGUCCAAGGUCAUUUACGUACCAACGCCAGUGAUUAUGCAGCAGCUUGGGCUCCCUAUGUGAAGGCCGUCAGUGAAGCUGUAAAGGGAUAUCAGGUGAAUGAGGGUGGUCCCGUCGUGGCAAUUCAGAUAGAGAACGAAUACCCACAACCUGAAAAUACUGGGAACCCUGGAAAGGCAGGAAUGAUGGCAGAUUUACAAGCUGCCGUACGCAAGUACGGUGUUGUUGUGCCGACGACUUUCAAUGAUGCCGGGAUGGACCGCAACUACGUUAGUGGCCUCGGAAAGGUGGAUCUAUAUGGACUUGAUUCAUACUUUAAUGGUUUUGAUUGUCGCAAUACCUCUCAUCGGUCUCCUGUCGUUGAGAACUAUUAUGACUACCAUUUAUCAUCCAAUCCUAACACCCCGCACUUCAUUCCGGAGUUCCAGAGCGGAUCACUUGAUCCAUGGGGGCCCGACUCGCCUGGCCUCGAUUCAUGCUAUAACAUGACUGGGCCCGACUACUUGGAUGUUGCCCACAAGAAUCUAUGGGCCCAAAAUGUCAAGAUGUUCAACGCAUACAUGUUGUAUGGAGGUACCAGCUGGGGUCAUCUCCCAUUCCACAAAGGUUAUACGAGUUAUGAUAACGGUGCUUCCAUUCGUGAGAACCGAAGGCUAUCCACAAAGUAUACCGAGUUCAAGAAGCAGGGACUUUUCCUCCGCAAUGCUCCUGAGUUUUACAAGACCGAUAUUGUAGGUAAUAGCACUAGUGGUGCCGUGGCUGUCAGCGAUCCUGCCGCCUUUGUAACCGAGCUGCGUAACCCUGACACCAAGGCUGGCUUUUACAUUGCCCGUCAAACAUAUUCCCCAUCCACCGCAAAUCUUGUGUUCAAACUCACCGUUAAAGCAUCUUCAAACUCGAUUCCCGUUCAAAUUACCCUGGCAGGACGUCAGUCCAAGGUAAUCGUAGCAGACUUUGCAUUUGGCUCUUCCCGCGCGUUGUACUCCACUGCUGCUAUUUUCUUCGCCGGUAAACUCAAUGGGCGCGAUGUUCUAUUCUUGCACGGAGACACCGGGGUUGAACACUCUGCCGCUGUUAAACUCUCAGGUACUCCCAAAAUCGGAGGCAAUAGGAUCGUUACCGCCAGCACCGAGCCUUCUGGAUAUACCGUGCUCACGUUUAAGCCUACUACCGAGGGGCUGACAGCUAUAUCAUCCGAGUCGACGGGCCCGCUCGUCUUGUUUGCGACUUCUAGGACGAUUGGAACGUUCUGGCAACCCACUAUCAACACAGGCAAGGGCAACUACUGGCAAUUUGAUACUAAUAGCACCUUGCUCGUUGGAGGACCUUACCUCGUUCGCUCGGCGGAUAUCAAGGGCAACACUGUUGCUCUGACUGGUGACCUUGAGAAAGAUACCACUGUGUCUAUUUAUGGUGCUCCCAAGGGCUCCAAGGUCUCCUGGAACGGCAAGAGCGUAUCUGUGUCGGCCUCGAGUAUUGUGGAUGGGCUCGUUGAGGGCAAGGUCACUAUCUCAAAGGGUCAAGUUAACGUUCCCACUCUUUCAAACUGGAAAUACUCUGAUAGUUUGCCCGAAAUCGCUCCCAAUUACGACGAUUCUAAAUGGAUCGUUGCAAACCACACGACCACCAACUCGCCCUACAAACCCUACUACGGAGAUGGCCGCAUUCUCUACGGAUGUGACUAUGGAUAUUGCGAAGGUCCUGUCUUCUGGCGCGGACAUUUCAAUGCAACCGGGGCCGAAAAGUCUGUGAAUCUGAGUAUCAAUGGCGGAGAAGCAUUCGCAGCUUCCGUAUGGCUCAACGGCAAAUUCGUCAAGACCACAUACGGUAAAUCGACUUAUCCCGCAUACAUCUGGCCCAUUAUCGACCCCGCGAUCGAGGAGACCGAUGAAGUGUUCACGUUCCCCAAGGGCGCGCUCGUUGCUGGAAAGAACAUGAUCACCGUCUUGCAAGAUAACACCGGAUUGAACGAGACCAACGAUUGGAACGGGGACACCUCCAAGUCCCCUCGUGGCAUCCGGGGCUUCCAACUGCCGGACGGCGGGAAAUUUGGCGAAUGGAAAGUCCAAGGGAAACUAGGCGGAUACACCAAUUUCCCAGACAAGACCCGCGGAGUGUUCAACGAAGGCGGUCUGUACGGCGAGCGAGCAGGGUGGCACCUCCCAGGAUUCAACGCCCAGUCUUGGACCUCGCGCGCUCUCAACCAGGGACUACCCUCUGGGAAAGCCGGCGUCGGCUUCUUCAGGACCGAGUUUAAUUUGAACAUUCCGUCUGGCAAGGACGUGCAUAUGAGUUUUGUGGUCGGAGGACCCAAGGGGCCGUACCGUGCUGUGUUGUUCGUCAACGGCUGGACGAUGGGAAAGGUCGCUUCGGAGCUCGGGCCGCAGUACAAAUUCCCAGUGCAUGAGGGUAUUUUAAACUAUCAGGGUAAAAAUACCGUCGCGUUUGCACUCUGGGUGCUCGAGGACCAACCGGUGAAGCCCACUCUGUCGCUUGCAGUCGACGGAGUGUACGAUGGAGGAGUCGGCAAGAUCGAGCUCACAAACCCGGGCUGGACUUCGCGCGGAACUGUCGUCUGA